CUGUACUCAACAGGAGUUCACAUAGAGCGUGCUGUUGUGUCAUCGUGGUGCAGUGAGGCAGCGAUACGCGGUGAGUAAUGCCUGCCUUGCUGCUUGAUGUCAGGACGGCUGUAGUGAGGAUGAAGGCGGACGAGGAUUCUCUCUGACCGUGGCAUCCUACAUUCAUUGACUAAAGCCUGCCCAUUGUCAACAUGGCAGAGCAAUGGACCGCAGUGCCCACUUCUAAUAUGGCGGCGCUGAACCGGGCUAGAUCAUUGACUGUUAUAUUCUUAAUUGUCAGCAGUUGUCUGAUCAGUAGCAUUGAUGGCAAGGACGCGCCAGAAGAGACUGUCAUCAUUGGCAUCCGGCUCGAGGACACCGACGAGGUGUCGUUUAUGGACAGUGGCUUUUUGCGCGUCAGCGAGCGCUCUCGUGUCAGGCUGAGGGUCUAUGGGCAAAACAUCAACAACGAGACGUGGUCCAAACUCGCCUUUACGGAACACAGCAUCAGCAGCGCACCUGUGGAGAGCACGAGCCCCGGAGACGCACCUGCCUCGCAUCCCUGCGGCAUCCGAUCCUCCGAUAUCAUCAUCCUUCCCAACGUGGAGGUGAACAGAAAGACAUCUGGGAUUAUUGAAUUAGAGGUGAAACCUUUGCGAAAAACAGAGAAGAGUAAAGUGUAUUACCUGUGCAUCGCUGCCAUCACACCUGGCGCGCAGGACUCGUGGUCCGAGAACACAUGGGUUUAUCACGAGGGGCUUGACACCAAAGUGAUCGUGGUGGAGGAAAAAAAGUUCCUUCUGCCUUUCUGGCUGCAGGUGAUCUUUAUUGCCAUGUUGUUGUGUUUGUCCGGCAUGUUCAGCGGGCUGAAUCUAGGACUGAUGGCGCUGGAUCCCAUGGAGCUCCGGAUUAUCCAAAACUGCGGGACUGAGAAGGAGAAGAAUUACGCCAAGAGGAUCGAGCCAGUCCGAAGCCAAGGAAACUACCUUCUCUGCUCUUUGCUCCUGGGAAAUGUUUUGGUCAAUACCACUUUGACUAUUCUGCUCGAUGACAUCGCAGGAUCAGGGCUGAUCGCUGUAGUGGUGUCCACUAUAGGAAUUGUGAUUUUUGGAGAGAUCGUGCCACAAGCCAUCUGCUCCAGGCAUGGGCUCGCCGUGGGCGCAAACACUAUACUCCUGACUAAAUUUUUCAUGAUCCUCACUUUCCCUGCAUCAUAUCCCGUCAGUAAACUCCUGGAUCACGUGCUGGGGCAGGAGAUCGGCACUGUGUACAACAGAGAGAAGCUUCUGGAGAUGCUCAGGGUGACAGAUCCGUAUAAUGACCUGGUCAAAGAGGAGCUCAACAUCAUCCAGGGAGCUCUGGAGCUCAGGACUAAAACUGUGGAGGAUGUCAUGACGCCUUUGCGAGACUGUUUCAUGAUUGCUGCUGAUACCAUCCUUGACUUCAACACCAUGUCUGAGAUCAUGGAGAGCGGCUACACACGAAUACCUGUGUAUGCGGGGGAAAGAUGUCAUAUUGUGGACUUGCUGUUAGUCAAGGACUUGGCCUUUGUGGAUCCAGAUGACUGCACGCCGUUGAAAACCAUCACCAAGUUCUACAGCCACCCUCUGCAUUUUGUCUUCAAUGAUACAAAGCUGGAUGCCAUGCUCGAGGAGUUUAAAAAGGGUAAAUCCCAUCUGGCCAUUGUCCAAAGAGUGAAUAACGAAGGAGAGGGAGACCCGUUCUAUGAAGUCCUGGGCAUCGUCACGCUAGAGGACGUCAUUGAGGAAAUCAUCAAAUCUGAGAUUCUAGAUGAGACAGACUUGUACACUGACAACAAGACAAAAAAGAGGAUCGCUCACAGAGAGAGGAAACAGGACUUCUCUGCUUUCAAACCCACAGAUAAUGAGUUGAGGGUGAAAAUAUCACCGCAGCUUCUUCUAGCCGCACUGCGUUUCUUGGCAACUGAAGUGGAAUCUUUUAGUACGGCUCAGAUGUCAGAGAAAAUCCUCCUGCGCUUGCUGAAACAUCCUAACGUCAUCCAGGAGCUCAAAUAUGAUGACAAGAACAAGAAGAUGUCAGAGCACUACCUCUUUCACCGCAACAAGGCUGUGGACUACUUCAUCCUCAUCUUGCAGGGUAAGGUGGAGGUUGAGGCUGGGAAGGAGGGGAUGAAGUUUGAAGCUGGUGCCUUCUCUUAUUAUGGAGUGCUGGCUUUAACCUCCUCACCAGUUCCUCUCUCCUUGUCUCGAACGUUUGUGGUGAGCAGGGCAGAAUCACUGGCAGGAUCUCCAGAAAAUAAGUCACCUCCACGAGUGUUCGGACUCAACCACUCGGACUCCCUAAACAGGAGUGACCGGAUGGAGGUGGUCACUCCCACACUGGGCAGCAGCAACAACCAGCUCAACUCCUUCCUGCAGGUCUACGUGCCAGACUACUCCGUGAGAGCCGCCUCUGACCUGCUCUACAUCAAGGUGUCCCGCCAGCAAUAUCAGAACGCCCUGAUGGCAUCUCGCAUGGACAAGACGCCCCAGUCCACAGACAGCGAGUUCACCAAGAUCGAGUUGACCUUCACAGAGCAUCAGGAUGGACCACUGGACGAGUCGGCCACUCUUUUGACCACCAUCACACACAAACCCAACCACACCGGCCACAACGACGGGGCUAUUUAACCAUCCUCAGCGUAGAGAGAAAUGGCAAAAGAGAGCAAACGGCUCCGUUCGCCUCUCACGUAGUGAGCGAGAGAUCUUCUCGUACACUGGGCAGCUUCACUUUGACAUAACGAGUCCUCUCAUCACGGUCAAUUUCAAAGGGGAACGUACACAAAGACUACAAUGUGAAGGGCCGCAUAUCCCACAAUGCAUGCACUAAUGACCUUAACAGCUUUUGUAGGCAACGGAUCAGUCAGGGACCACCACAUCAUUCUCGCUCGCUCAUUCGAUCGAGUACAGACACACUUGAAUGCACAUUCUCACUUCCAAGGAGCAAGGUGACGACCCACACCACACCUCGACCAGAUGGACAAAGAAAUAACGGUGCCUUUAGACAGCUCUCGGUUACUGUCAACAAACGAGGAUGCAGCCACAGGUGAGAUAUCAGCAACCGGGAGGCUUGUAAACACUCGACGGAGAUCAAUAACACCCAAGCCCUUCGAGAAAAGCCAUGAUACAUCUCUGCCUAUCAGAAGAGCCCUCACGACCAAAGACAGUUGGCAUAGACUGGAUAAAACAGGGCGGCAUAAUUGUGGGUCCUGUAAGAAAAUUUGUUACGCAUAAGCAGGCAAAACGGAAUUUGUCUGGACUGUGCCAAAUAACACUGACAAACGAUUUUAGUGUUUUCUUCUGCCCAGGUUAAUCCACGUCACUCACAGAUGGGCUUACGUCCAGUGUUUGCAGUACAAAGAAAUCCAAUGUGUUUACAUACGAGGGCCUUUUUCAUCUGUAUAUAUAGAAAGUGAGAGAGUAAGAGAGAUUUUUUUU